CGGAAGCAUUUCCUCCUUCGUGAUCGCCGUGCAGCGCAAUGUACAGUCGCAGGUACUCAGUCAAAUCAUGGUUGUCGCCAUAGCCCAGGAGCGCGGUGUAGUUGCCGAUCAAAUCCAAAUCUCGGUUUAGUGCGGGCAACGGUGUUCCAGGCUUGUAUACGUUGCGAUAAAUCCGGGCAGCAAGGGCGGGAAGACGAGCAAUGAGGUUGAUCGAAUCUUCGAGAGUGGGCUCCCAGUACUCGGACUUCUUCAUUCCCUUUUCGUACGCACUCUGGAAGACGCUGUCGUGGUUCAGAGCCGCCACGCCCAUCCCGAGUUGGGUCAUGGGGUGCAGAGUCGCUGGGAAUCUGCCUGGGGUUGAAACCAAAUUUGGAACUUCUGUGCAGCCACUUACGAGUCCACUAGCUUCUCCACAAACUCUGGCAAGUCUCCCUUUGACGCCAAUUCAGCAGACAGGGCCCGUGUUUGCUCUUCAGUCGGAACCUCGCCGGUGAGCAGGAGCCAGAGCAUACUCUCUGCAAUGAUUUCCUUGCCACCGGGAGCUGCCGGCAGAACCUUCUGGCAAUCAGGGAUGCUGAGUCCGUGGAAGCGGAUUCCCUUCCAGAAACAUGAACGUAUGCUCCGGUAAAUCUUACGACUGGCGCACCUCGUUGGGAUCGAGGACCGACGCGUCCCACAGCAUGGCCUUGAGCCCGCGCAUACCGCCAAUGAUAUUUUCAACCUUGACUUCGCCAACCACAGUUUGCGAAUGUUGCUUUUUCUGACAAAGGUUGGUCGUCCCCUCCCUACCAUAGCGGCACCCGGCAUACCAGUUUCUUGAGCUGUUCUUGCUUCUUGGGUAUCACCUCCCGCAACGUGUCCUUGAGGGACUUGGUAGACGCGAAUCUUUUGGAUCCAUUCAAGGUCCACUGGCGAGACGAAAUGCGGGCUCGGAGCAUGACGGCUGGGAAGAAGCAAGGUGGAAGACAAGAAACACAGACGGGCGUGUCUGUUCGAUGAUAAUCACGAGCCUACUGUCCAACAAGAAGCCGACCUCCGAGGAAGUAGACCGGAAAUAUCAUGGGGCAUGUAGUCAUUUAUGAUCAUGGUAGAGUGUGGGGAAUGACAGCCGUAGCGAUCCGGGCCGGCCCGAACGUUUGUUUGUCUCUGUUGCUCAGCGCCUUCACCUCCGGUCAGUGCGCUGGCCACAUCAUAUAAUCAAUACAGUGUAGCCUUUCACCUCGACCUUCGGCCAUGGCGUCCUCCGUUCUUGCCCCCGUUCUUUACAUGAUCAUAGUCUUUGGAGCCUUCGGCGUCUUCGCAUAUCGGAGAAACGCGACCGUCAAGGCCUUACCACCCUACUUUCCUACGCACGCAGAACGGAACACAUAUGUCACUCUACUCCAGAAAACAGAUCCACCUGCCUCCGACCCGUUGCUCAAAUCCGCGCUCCUGCGUCGCGCCAUGGCCGAUGUGCAACGUGUCCUCCGGCUUCGUGAAGACAAGCCUGCGCUGCAGAAUCUGCUGCAGAAGGGCUCAAUAGGAGAUGAUCUAUGGAACAGUCUCCUUGCUGCAGAGAAGGAACUCGAGGCAGAGAUUAUGGAGGUCGUGGCGGAGGCGAACACGUUUGCGCAGGGAUGGGGCCAGGUCAUCUUCCCUACAGCGAACGAGAUGAUCGCGAACGAGAAAAUGCGCGCACUCUAUGAGACUUCUGAGGAGGCGAGGCAGGCCCUCGCAUUGAAGAAUACCUCGCAGCCAACUCCCUUGUCGCUUCCUGUCCCGAGUGGUGCCACCAGUGACACCGAAAGUGUAACUUCACCAUCGACACCUUCUAAAAAAAAUAAGAAGCGUCGGUGAUUUUGCACUUCGUUGUACAGCUUGAAUGUUUGUAUUUUCCUCGAGAAUAUUUGAUGAUACAUCUAAUCGCAAUGAGGAAUUGGCUAUAAGGGGGAGAAAAGUACAAUGUUGACAACAAGUGAAAUGAAAGUGAGAUGAGCACAAGCUCUGGGCACGACAGAUCCAGACACUGGAUCUAUCGAAUCGUCAAUCCUGCCCCUCCAGCACCAAUUCGAGUUUUUCCAGACUUGUCAGCAUGAUCCAAGCCGAGAACGUCUUCAGGAGCAAAUUGGUGAUCAUAAAUCAUGUCCUCUUGGGGGGUGUCAGUGGAGUCUGAGCAGUUAGAGCACGUCCGUGCUUACCGUCCUCAAUGUAAGACGGUUGCUUGAAUGUCGAGACCUGGAUGAUAGCAAAGCGAUACUUGGCAAAUUCCCUGUCUGGAACUCCCAGUCGAGCUUGUAAUCUCUUCUUGGUAUCCACGAAUUUCUCGCCCUUCAGCAUCUCAUGAGGGGUGGGCUCGGCAAAGAUAUCGCAAACUUACUCGUUUCACCACAAACUUGAACGGGACACCGUGUGUUCGAGACAACUCUUUCGAGAAAUGGAACACGCCUAUGACCUUGUCCAAGUCGUCGGCUUCGAGUUCUUCUCGGGGUACCUCCUGCAAAGAAGAGUCGUGUUAGUUGAAAGCAAUCCAAUGGAGAACCAACUGUCACAUACCUCGGCGUACAGCUCCACAGGCUCGGGGAUGUUUCCGAUCAUUUCUGUCCCUGUGAACUCCUUCUGAGUUUUGCCAUCCUUGGAUAUUUCAAACACUCGGAUCUUCUGAGUGCCCCCCGCCGUUAGCGUGACGUGCUUGGCAAUGUUUUCGGCGAGAUCGUUGACCAUGCUCGUCUUUGGUAACAGGAAUGGAUGUGUAGCUUCCUCCUUGUUGUGAAUGCCAGUCCAGAUGACCUUGAGGCUCCUCUUGGUUUCGAGCUCAACGAUGCUGACGUCCAAUUUCUCGUACAGAAUAACGGUCGUCGUCGGAUUGAUGUAGUUUGGCGCCAUUAUCUCGGCGAUGCUCUGGUUCAGCGACCGUUUCAAAAUGGAUUUGGGUACUCCAUUCGAUGCAUGGGUUGUUGUGAAUCGCAAUUUGAUGGGAUCAUGGCGCAGAUACUCG